CGAGGCUCCGCGAGAGACUCAAAAGCACCGCCUCGUACGUCACUUUGAUCAUGGCUGGCGGCAACUCGGACGCAUCGACGCAGCGCGUGGCCACGCAGGUAGCGGUAGCGGCUGCUGGCGUGGCUCUGGCCUAUUACGUCGGCUCGCGUAGUAAGGAUGCAAAGCGCGUGGCUGCUCAGCGCCGAGCUAAGGCGGUGGCACAGGCUAAGGCGGCGGCGCUGCCCACUGACCUGGAGCGCCGUAAGCUUACGUCGGUGGUGGUGCGUGUGCCGGCCACAACAGCUAACAUGGGACCGGGUUUUGAUACUAUCGGCAUGGCGCUGGACAUUUGGACGGAGAUCUCAGUGGAAGUUGUGGCCCCGAAGGAGGGUGACGCGCCUAAUGUGCGCCGUAUUACGCUGACGAACGAAGGUGAAGGCGCCAAGGAGCUGCCCACGGACGAGAGCAACCUCGUGAUCGUCGGCAUUAAGGCUGCCUUCAAGGCCGCGGGCGAGGAGUUGCCACGCCAUCUCAAGGUGCACUGCAAGAACCGUAUCCCGUUCGCGCGCGGACUGGGCAGCAGCUCAGCCGGCAUUGUAGGCGGAAUUAUAGCUGGUCUUGCUCUUGCUGGCAUGCGUCUUCCUGUUCAUGGUCGUGAGGAACUAUUGCAGCUGGCCUCGGAGAUCGAGGGACACCCUGACAACGUCGCGCCCGCCAUCUACGGCGGUCUGCAGCUCGGUAUCUUCGCUGACGACCGCUGGUACUCUUCGCGCGUGCAGAUCCCGGACGGCCUGCAGUGCGUCGUGUUCAUUCCCGACUCGACGGGUCCUACGAGCGUGGCACGUGCCAUCCUGCCACCGGAUGUGCCCCGUAAGGACGCCGUGUUCAACAUCGGCCGUGCCGCCAUCUUUGUCAACGCGUUCCGCUCCGGCAACCUCGACGAACUGCGUUACGCCACACAAGACAUGCUCCACCAGCCACAACGUGGCGCCGCGCAAUACCCGCACCUGGACCCGCUCAUGAAGGCGGCUCUGGGAGCUGGUGCGCAUGGUUGCUUCCUGAGCGGCGCCGGUCCCACCGUCCUGGCCAUCACUAGCGGUCGUGCUGGCGACAUCUUCACGCAGCAACUGGCUGAGCGUCAGGAGAACAAGGUGGCCAACGCUAUGCGUGAAGCGGCCGCUGCUAUGGGCGUCUCCGGGUGCGUGUUCAUCACCAACCCGGAUCACCGUGGCGCCUUCAUCGUGCGUGCGGAGCCGCAGUUCUCUGACCGCUCCGUUGCGCGUUACGAGGGUGACGUUGCCGACUUGUAG